GUGACAGACGUCAAAUGAGUCCUAUUUAUUUAUAAAUAGGUCAGAUACUUUUUUCAGAAAAUUUAAAACAUGGCACUUACUGAAACUGAGAAGAAGCCAGAUAAGAGAGAAAAGCCUUUAACUAAAAUAAUAAUUCGUCGAUUACCACCAACGAUCGAUCAAGAUACUUUUCUAAAACAAGUUUCUCCUAUUCCAGAUUACAAUUAUAUUUACAUAGUAAAUGGAGAUUUCAGUUUAGGUGAAAAUGCGUUUUCAAGGGUUUACAUAAAUUUUGUAAAUCACGAAGAUGUCUACAAUUUUAAAGAAAGAUUCGAUGGCUAUGUUUUCCUGGACGCUAAAGGUAAUGAAUAUUCUUGUGUUGUUGAAUUUGCUGCAUUCCAGAAAAUCCCUAAAAAACGUGGAAAAGCAAGAAUGGACCCAAAAGCUGGAAGUAUAGAAUCAGACCCCUAUUAUCUAGAUUUUGUAGAGAAUUUGAAGAAACCACAAGAAUUGGAUGAAAAACCUGAAUAUACACUUCAAUUAAAUUCCACUGAAAAUAAAAACGAUAUCACAACACCACUAUUAGAAUUUAUAAAAAAUAAAAGAGCUCAACGAAUGAGGAUUAGGGAAGUGAGAAGAGAAGAGAGGAAACGAAGAGAAUUUGAUAAAAGAAGAGAACAUUAUGAUGAUAGAGAUUCCAGGAAAAAAGUAUUGGAUGAAAAAUCUCCGACAAAAAAGCCAUUUCACAAGCAAGAUACUGUAAAGAAUGAUAAGCCGGAAUCUGAGACAACGCUAGAGGAAAAACCAGAAAAAGAAGAAAAACAUUAUGAGAAAUCCUACUACAAAAACAAGGACAGAAGGUUUGAUGAUAGGAGAUUUGAAGACAAAAGAAAAGAACUGAAACCAAGGUUUCCUAGGAAAGAGUAUUCUGAUUACAAAAGUGAAGAACGGAAAGAAAGGAAAUUUGACUACCCAAAGAAAGAAUUUGAGGCAAAAACUUUUCCUAAAAAGGUGAAAAAAUAUAGUGAGAAAAGGGAAGAACGUAAACUUGAAGCUCAAAAGGCAGAACAAAAAAAAGUAGAUGAGGCAAAAGUAGAAGAGAAAAAAUGUGAUGAAAAUAGUAGCAAAUCUAUUGAAAAUACUACACCUAAAACCACUGAAAAACCAACUAAAUCCAAUGAUAAAGAUAAAAAAGACAAUGAAAAAUUAAAAUCCACUGAUGCAACUUUCCCAAAAGAUGCUGAAGGAGAUGGUAGAAAGAAAGAUGAAGUUACGCACAAUGAACAGAAAAGUGAUUUACACAAUCAGAGAAGAAUUAGAAAUAAAGACAGACCUUCUUUAGCUAUUUAUAGACCUGGUAUGCUUUCGAAAAGAAAACAAAACGAGACUGAUAGUAGUGAAAAUAAGGAAAAAGUUGAAGACAAAUAAUUUAGAUCAAUAUUUUUUCUAUUACUGUUUAGAAGAAAAAUAUACUUGAUUAAUUUUCUUGAAAUAAAUUUUUGAUUACUAAA